GUGAAACGCAGACAGUCACUCUGACUGACAGCAGAAAUGGAGCAGAGUCAGCUAAACCGAGAGACUUUCUCCUGUUCAAUCUGUCUGGAUCUACUGACGGAUCCAGUGGCUACUCCCUGUGGACACAGCUACUGUAUGAACUGUAUUAAAGGUCACUGGGAUGAAGAGGAUCAGAAAACAAUCCACAGCUGCCCUGAGUGCAGAGAGACCUUCAUACCAAGGCCUGUUUUGAAGAAAAACACCAUGCUAGCAGCUUUAGUGGAGCAGCUGAAGAAGACUGGACUCCAAGCUGCUCCUGCUGACCACAGUUAUGCUGGACCUGAAGAUGUGGCCUGUGAUUUCUGCACUGGGAGAAAACUGAAAGCUAUCAAGUCCUGUUUAGUCUGUCUGGCCUCUUUCUGUGAGAAACACCUUCAGCCUCAUUUUGAUUCAGCUGCAUUUAAGAAACACAAGCUGGUGGAGCCGUCCAAGAACCUCCAGGAGAACAUCUGCUCUAAGCAUGAUAAGUUGUUGGAGGUCUUCUGCCGCACUGAUCAGAAGUGUAUCUGCUAUCUCUGCAUUAUGGAUGAACAUAAAGGCCAUGAAACAGUGUCAGCUGCAGCAGAAAGGACUGAGAGGCACAGAGAGCUGGAGGAGAGACGAGGAAACAUCCAGCAGAGAAUCCAGGACCAGGAGAAAGAUGUGAAGCUGCUUCAACAGGAGGUGGAGGCCAUCAAUCGCUCUGCUGAUAAAACAGUGGAGGACAGUGAGAAGAUCUUCACCCAGCUGAUCUGUCUCCUCCAGAAAAGAAGAUCUGAGGUGAAGCAGCAGAUCAGAUCCCAGCAGGAAACUGAAGUGAGUCGAGUCAAAGAUGUUCAGGAGAAGCUGGAGCAGGAGAUCACUGAGCUGAAGAGGAAAGCCGCUGAGCUGGAGCAGCUCUCACACACAGAGGAUCACAGCCAGUUUCUCCUCAACUACCCCUCACUGCCAGCACUCAGUGAGUCUACACACUCAUCCAGCAUCAACAUCCGUCCUCUGAGACACUUUGAGGACGUGACAGCAGCUGUGUCAGAGCUCAGAGACAAACUACAGGACGUCCUGAGAGACUCAUGGACAAACAUCUCACUGAUGGUCACUGAGGUGGAUGUUCUACUGUCAGAACCAGAACCAGAACCAAAGAGCAGAGCUGGAUUCUUAAGAUAUUCAUGUGAAAUCACUCUGGAUCCAAACACAGCACACACAUGGCUGAGACUAUCAGAGGGGAACAGGAAGGCGACAUUAAUGGAUCAUUAUCUGUCUUAUUCUAGUCACCCAGACAGAUUCACUGGAUAUUUUCAGGUUCUGAGUAGAGAGAGUCUGACUGGACCUUGUUACUGAGAGGUUGAAGGGAGAGGAGAACCAGUUUCUGUAGCAGUCGCAUACAAGAGUAUCAGCAGAGCAGGAUGGGGUAUGGAAUGUAAAUUUGGAUUGUGAAGGAAAAAUUUAGUAACAAUGUUUAAAUAAAUUUGAAUGUACACUUUAUGAUGUUUUUAUUAAAGGUUUGCACUCAGUUGCAGCUCUUCUGACCCUCCUCAAAUAAGUGAAGAACAGGGUGUUCAGCAGUUAGAAAUGUGAGACAUGGCUAAGGUGAUAAGCCUAGGUUGUAGAAAUUCAGUUUCUAGUAUCUGUUUAGCCAUCAGCAGAGAGGCCUUAUUGGAGAAACGCCUAAAGUUGAGCUGUGAAUGUGUAUGCAACUCUGCUCCACUGGAACUGACAGAUAAGUAACGUAUAGAUUUUUACCUGACACUUGAGCCAGGGGGUGUGACUAAGUAAUGUGUGAUGUAUCCUAUGUAAAUGAGGGGACGUUCAGCCCCAAGUCAGAACUCAUCCGAUUCUCACUGAGAUGUGAGCUUUGUAUGUUUUCUCCAUU